AAUCUAGGCAUCAUCGAUGGUCGCCCAGCUGGGCGUCAACCAUCCCCUCAGCCGGUCACUUUGAACACUGUUGUCGACCGCGACCCUAUUGAUCAAUCCUGUCUGAGUCAAGAACUGCUUGGCGUCACUUCGAAAGAUGUGCAUCAGAGCACGGGAAAACCAGGGAGUGGGAUGUCGUCAAAGGAAUUGCGCCAUGAUGGCCAACCGGGAAGGAAGAAGGAGGGUCUGGGGUUGGAAGCUCGGUGGGGUGCUGGACAACAGUAA